UUUUCGUUUUGUCACUCCGUCGAACAACCAAACAAACAAAAAAUACUCCCACAAACAUAAACAAAAUGCUGGGAUCGCUGAGCAACAUUGUGUCUUCAGCUGGGCUGAACGGUUGUCGCUUGAACAGCACCCGGCUUGCGAUGGCAGGGCGAAUGGGAUUGAGUUUUGCAACUGGCUUGGCGGCGAAUUCGGCGAGAUGCGCGUCGACUGGCGCUGCUGCUGGUGCUGGUGCUGCUGCUGCUGCUGCUGCUGCUGCUGCUGCACUGCAGCCAUUCCAUCUGGCCAUCCCAGUGAACGACUUGGCGGCGGCGCGGGCGUUCUACGGCGGAGUGCUCAACCUGAAGGAGGGCCGCUCGUCCGCUGGGUGGCAGGAUUACGACUUUUACGGCCACCAGCUGGUGAUUCACCAGGUCACCCGGGAUUAUCGCGGCAACGACUACUUCAACCCGGUGGACGGCGACCAGGUGCCCAUCGCGCACUUUGGCGUGGUCUUGAACGUUGCCCAAUUCCACGAUCUGGCGCAACGCCUCCAGAAGGCCAACACCGAGUUCCUGCUCAAGCCGCACGUCCGGUUCCAGGGCCUCAAGGGCGAGCAAUGGACCAUGUUCUUCAAGGACGUCAGCGGAAACAACCUCGAGUUCAAAGCACUGACCAACCCGGACGAUCUCUUCACCAAAUUUGAGUAGAAGCAAUCUCAAGUUAGUUCUGUUUUUGUUUCAGUAUGUGACUAUCCGCUUCCAAUGCUCCAUCAUUCAGUACAGAAAAGUUGCAUACAUAAAGUUCGGUAUCAAUGCUCAAGAUCAAUGAGAGGUGGAUUGAUUUUCAAG